CAUGAUGGAUGAUACAUAGUGUCUUACUUAUUUUGAACUCUGCAAUCUCAAAAUCCCGCACAGUUGACAUCUACAAACCAACCAUCUCCCUUUAAUCCGUAUGAGCAAUCAAUUGGACACGAGUUAUACGACGCAGAGAACGCCUCAAUGAUCCUAGAAACCAUUCUCAUUCGCCAAAGCUUUUCCUGCAAAUCCAAGCAGCACACUAACUCAUCUUAUCAAAAGCUAUUAAUCAUCGAAUCGCGGAAUCGGCGGGGUAAUUGGGCCGAUUAGCAACGCGACCGGUAGCUUCAUAAAGCUGGGGGUCCCAUUGCGAUAGGGGCAGGGUUUCAGAAAGAGAAUCAGAAUUUGUUCAUGCUUUUGUUUCUGCAGAGAAUUGGGUCAUUCCGUGCAUACUCUACUCUUAAACGACCGUUUGCAACAUUCACCAUGGCGAAUAGACCUGACAUUACGCUGUACACUACGCAGACUCCUAAUGGGAUCAAGAUCUCCAUUGCGCUGGAGGAGUUGGGACUCCCAUACAAGGUGGAGAAGAUUGACAUCUCCAAGAACACCCAGAAGGAACCCUGGUUCCUCGAAAUCAACCCCAAUGGCCGUAUCCCCGCCCUGACAGACACCUUCACCGACGGCCAGAAGAUCCGGCUCUUCGAGUCCGGCAGCAUCCUCACCUACCUGGCCGAGCAGUACGACAAGGACCACAAGAUCUCCUACCCCAAGGGCACCCGCGAAUACUACGAGACAAUCAGCUGGCUGUACUUCCAGAACGCCGGCGUCGGACCCAUGCAGGGCCAGGCGAACCACUUCGUCCGCUACGCCCCCGAGCACAUCCAGUACGGUGUGGACCGGUACGUCAACGAGACGCGCCGUCUCUACGGCGUGCUCGACAAUCACCUCUCCACCUCAAAGUCCGGGUAUCUGGUCGGCGACCAUGUUACCAUCGCGGACAUCUCGCACUGGGGCUGGGUGGCGGCCGCUGGUUGGGCUGGUGUGAAUAUCGAUGAGUUCCCGCAUCUCAAGGCGUGGGAGGAGCGCAUGGCUGCGCGCCCGGGCGUUGAGAAGGGCCGCCAUGUGCCUGCGCCGCAUACCAUCAAGGACCUGCUCAAGGAUAAGGAGCGGAUGGAACAAGAGGCGGCCAAGACUAGGCAGUGGGUUCAGCAGGGCAUGAAGUCGGAUGCGGAUAAGGCGAAGCAUUGAUUACGGGCAUGUUUAUAUUAUGUAAAAUGCAUAUUGAAACGAAUUACUCUUUGGAAUUGACAAUAUCUUUUGAUGCCCUUUUUGGAACCUCUGAUUCUGG